AUGGGCAGAAUGUAUCAGAUACUAUAUGAUAAUACUGCUCGAAGACGCGUUGCUGCGUUGGCGCUGCCCGCGCUGUUGGAUCGCGCCAGAAACACCCUCGACGCGUUUGCGGCGGACGCGCGGGUUCGCCGUUCCCGAGGUACGUCUCGCUCUUUCCUGGUACUCUUGUCUGUAGACUGUGUAUCUGGCCUUGGCGUCCACGCCGUUGGCCGUGAUGCCCUCGCAGGCGUUGAUGUCUUCCACUGCGGCUAUCUGGUGCGGGAGGAGGAGCUCUUAUAUGUACUCGAGAAGAUACUCGCGCUCAAGCUUUGGCCCAGUUCGUUCGCUUCUUCUGCGGCGAGUCGGGGUGGAAAGGGUGACGAUGCUUCACCAACCGCCAUCUCAUCCGCCAUCAGCGCUUCAACUCGCGCACACCUCUUCGCGCUCUACACACCCCUCGUCGAGAUAGCAGCACAUCAACGUCCUCCCCCAGCAUGCUGGGCGCGCGCCGAACGCGUCUUAUCCUCUCCUUCGAUCGCCACGCCUCCUGCCACACCUACGCGUUCAAGAACGAGAGUGGGAAGGGACAGCGACGAUGAGGGGGAGAUUGUGCGGAGAGGUGCGAGGGAACUCGCGAGGGAGUGUUUGAGGGCUGUCGGAGGGGAGAUGGGCGUGCCGGCGUAG